GCUGCUGUGCUGCUGGUGCUGCGGAGGCUGCACCAGCGGCGCGGAGGCGGAGGCAGAGGCCGGGGUGCGCGCUUGGCGAACGUGCCCAAUCCGCGCGGCUCAGCUGCACCGGUCCUUGCGGCCGCCUGAGCGUCUCGGCCGGUCUCUGCGCUGCCGGGGCGAGGAUGCGGCUGUUCCGGUUGCUGCUGAAGCAGCCGGUGCCCAAGCAGAUUGAGCGCUACUCGCGCUUCUCGCCGUCGCCGCUCUCCAUCAAGCAGUUCCUGGACUUCGGGAGAGAUAAUGCGUGUGAGAAAACUUCGUAUAUGUUCCUACGAAAGGAGCUUCCUGUGCGCCUGGCUAACACAAUGAGAGAAGUUAAUCUUCUGCCGGAGAACUUGCUUAACCGCCCUUCGGUGGGAUUGGUUCAGAGCUGGUAUAUGCAGAGUUUUCUUGAACUUCUAGAAUAUGAAAAUAAGAGCCCUGAAGAUCCGCAGGUCUUGGAUAACUUUCUACAAGUCCUAAUUAAAGUCAGAAAUAGACACAAUGAUGUGGUUCCUACAAUGGCCCAAGGAGUGAUCGAGUACAAGGAGAAGUUUGGGUUUGAUCCAUUCAUUAGCAGUAACAUCCAGUAUUUUCUGGACCGAUUUUAUACCAACCGCAUCUCUUUCCGCAUGCUUAUUAACCAGCACACACUUCUGUUUGGCGGUGACACCAAUCCUGUGCAUCCAAAACACAUCGGAAGUAUUGAUCCCACCUGCAACGUUGCUGAUGUUGUGAAAGAUGCAUAUGAAACCGCCAAGAUGCUUUGUGAACAGUAUUAUCUGGUAGCUCCAGAGCUGGAAGUUGAAGAAUUCAAUGCCAAAGCUCCAAACAAACCUAUUCAGGUAGUUUAUGUGCCCUCACACCUCUUUCACAUGCUCUUUGAGUUGUUCAAGAACUCAAUGAGAGCAACAGUUGAACUAUAUGAAGAUAGAAAAGAGGGCUACCCAGCUGUUAAAACCCUGGUUACUCUGGGUAAAGAAGACUUAUCCAUUAAGAUAAGUGACCUAGGUGGUGGGGUUCCACUCCGAAAAAUAGAUCGCCUUUUUAACUACAUGUAUUCAACUGCUCCAAGACCUAGCCUGGAGCCUACCCGAGCUGCCCCGUUGGCUGGAUUUGGUUAUGGCUUGCCAAUUUCUCGGCUGUAUGCUAGAUAUUUUCAAGGAGAUCUAAAGCUCUAUUCUAUGGAAGGCGUGGGUACUGAUGCUGUCAUUUAUUUAAAGGCCCUUUCAAGUGAAUCCUUUGAGAGACUUCCAGUUUUUAACAAGUCCGCAUGGCGCCAUUACAAGAGCACAGCUGAAGCUGACGAUUGGAGCAAUCCCAGCAGUGAGCCCAGGGACGCUUCCAAAUACAAGGCAAAACAGGAUAAGAUGAAGACUAACAGAACUUUGUAAAGAACUGAAUGCUUCAGUCCUCUCCGUGAAGAAAAGAUGGCCUUCUGCAAGUCAGCCGGAAAGAGCUCCUUUCCUCCACCAACUCUGAAUGUGGCGCUAUAGAUAAUCCAGUGCUUGAAUGUGUAUUUUUCUCCAUAUAAGCUGGACCUUUUCCACAGAAGUUUCCUGUAGCUACUUCAUAUCUUCCACUAAAGCAGUAACUUGAGUCAUUUUUCAUAGUACAUUGCUGUGGUUUGGUUGGCGCCUGUCGUAAGGGGACACAGAGCCUUAUUAGUGCCCAUGCCCUCAUACCUCCGUCUUCUUUAUCAUAGACUGUCUACAGUCUCCCCAGAUGUCUCACCUCCCUCCCCAUUCCAGAUACAGCCGAUCUCUACUGCUGCUCUUUGUGACCAAAUACCAUGUUUGUCCCAAACCACCAACUAUGGCCUUGGGGAGUCUGGAAUUUGAAGACAUCAGAUGAGCACGUCUUGAUAUUUCGGUCCCAGAGCCCUUCCUCUCUCUUACGCAUCCCUCUUUACUCUCUGCUUUGGACUCGGGCCUUCUUCCAUCUGACCAGAUUCUCAUUGUGAGCUGUAGAUACUCUCAUGUUAGAUCUCCCUCUUGGGUGCAUUGAUUUCAUUUUGAAAUUCAUUUGUAUACUUCCAUUCUGUUGAUUAAAGUGUUCCAAAAGUU